AUGUCAUUCGCCAGAACAGGAUUAAGGACUCUUCGAUCUCUCCCCUCAGCUCAAGUAUACCGAUCAUCGAAUAUCUUGAAUCAGAGGAGAUUGAUCUCUGAUGAAGCUAGGAAGUUGAUAGAUAAUGCAGUCCACUCGAACCCUUUGGUAGUAUUCAUGAAAGGUACCCCCGAAGCUCCCCAGUGUGGAUUUUCGAGAGCUGUCUGUCAGAUCUUAGAUGUUCAGGGCGUACCAAGGGAGAAGAUCGUAUCGUAUAACUGUCUAGAGGACCAAGAACUUAGAUCUGCUAUCAAAGAGUACAGCGAAUGGCCAACAAUCCCUCAAGUAUAUAUCAAAGGUGAAUUCGUUGGUGGAUGCGAUAUCGUACUAGGCAUGCACCAAAGUGGUGAACUCGAGAACCUACUUAUCAAAGAAGGUUUGGCACCCCCUCUUCCUGAGGCAGAGCCUGCUCCUAAGGCUUAG